GAAGAGCCACAGUGAGACAUAAGCUGUCAGCCAUUCAAGCCGCCGAACACCCACAGGAUCCCUUCCGCAGGGUAUGAAGAACACAGCAAUGCAGGGAAAAGAUCGCCCAAUCUGCGGACUGUCUCAGCGGAUAGUGGGGCACUUCCCCCGCUGUGUCGGUGAGCUUGAGGAGAACGACUGAAUUCACUUGUUCGGAGACUCUGCAACUUCAACAUCCAAGAGGGUUUCUCGAACUCCCCAGCUGCACUGCGAUCAGGGCUCUCAGCUACUUUAACUUUACUACUUUGGCAAUUCCAUUCCCCCUUAUUUCACCGCACACUCGCAAGCUCGGUGCCAUGGCCUCUUCACAGUCAACCACAGGAUCUACUAUCAUUGACUCGCACAUCCACUUGUACCCCAAAUCCGAGGUGACCAGUCUUGCGUGGUACACUCCGGAGAACGACCUGGCCGGGAAACAACAGUCCGUGGACGAGUUCCGCGCGGCGACCGGCUCGCCGCCCAACCUAGCCGGUUUUGUCUUGGUCGAGGCGGACCGGAAGAAUGACGACUCCAAGGAUUGGACCGCGCCCCUGCAGGAGAUCGCGUGGAUGCGGCGAAUUGCUACGGGUCAGCCAAAGGAAGGCGAAGGCCAUUCCGCAGAGGAUGCCAGGCUCUGUCUGGCGCUUAUCCCUUGGGCGCCCAUGCCUCUCGGCCCUGAGCAGCUUAGCAAGUAUCUCGACGCCGCCAAGCAAGAGGCCGGGCCGGCCUGGGACAAGGUCAAAGGCUUCCGGUAUCUGCUGCAGGACAAGCCGAACGGUACCUGUCUGAGUGAUGCUUUCAUUGACAGCCUGAAACUGCUGGGGAGAAAGGGCUAUGUGUUUGAGAUUGGCGUCGAUCAGCACCGUAGAGGGAGACAUCAGUUGGAGGAGGCGGUGGAGAUGAUAGACCGUGCCCAUGAGGGAGUUGAGGAAGAUCAUAAGGUUGUGUUCAUUCUGAACCAUCUUUGCAAGCCAGAUCUGGCCAUACUCAACCAAACGAGCGACACCUCGUUCAUUGCUUGGCGCACUGCCAUGUUUACCCUCAGCAAGUGCCACCGGACGUACAUGAAGCUGAGCGGCUGCUUCAGUGAGAUGCCCGACAACCUCAAAGGGCGUUCAGCUUGGGACAUACUCGUUGCCAUCUCCAAUUGGCUGGCGGUCGUGAUAGCCGCCUUCGGUCCCAGCCGGAUCAUGUUUGGCAGCGACUGGCCGGUAUGUACCGAAGGUGUGGGUGACGACGCCUGGAAGAAGUGGCAUACGAUCGUCGACAAAAUGUGCGAUAUGGCUAGCCUGGACCAGGAGGCCCGUGAUAUGCUUUGGAGUGGGACGGCCAAGAAGGCCUACGGUAUUGAGGGAUAGUGCCCUCAACCGCUGCGACAGGCCGACCCAGGCUGGUCUUGUAAACGAGACACUGGCUCAGGAAUAUCGUGCAAUGGAUAAAGUCAUCACGCGCAAAGAACUAGUCUAUCUGAUAGUAUCAGGAGCACUACUUUAUAGUUUAUGCUGUGCAAUUCUCAACUAAAACCUCCGUAGGGUGAGUAUUGGUUGGUUAUGGACUUGAAGGGGUCAGUUGGCCAAGGGCUCAUUUACGGCCCAGGCCCUUGAUUCACUUUGAUUCCGCUCAAAAGAAAUUUCGGCCGUAGGAAGAGUACCGGUAGU